GAACAUCUGGAGCAGCUGCGACGCAAAGAGCAGGAGGGGACAGAGAGGGACAGACGGGGACAGACAGGGACAGGAGGACACGCAGGGAUUUUGUCUGGACUCUUUUUAUUCUCAGUGUUGGACGCAGAGCUGCUCCUCCAUUUUUUUUUAAAAAAAACCCUCCUCCUCCUCCUCCUCUUCCUCAGCUGCAGGAUGACAACACAUUUCAGGAGCGGACCUGCCUUCGGACUUUCUGCGGAGGUCAAGAGCAAACUCGCCGGGAAGUACGACCCCCAGAAGGAGGAAGAGCUCCGGCUGUGGAUCCAGGACGUGACCGGCAAGAGGAUGGGAGACAACUUCAUGGAGAGUCUGAAGGACGGCGGGCUGCUGUGCGAACUCAUAAACGUUCUGCAGCCAGGUUCUGUGAGAAAGAUCAACAACUCCAGUCAAAACUGGCACCAGCUGGAAAACAUCGGGAAUUUUGUGCGUGCGAUCACAGAGUACGGCCUGAGGCCACAUGACAUCUUCGAGGCCAACGAUCUGUUCGAGAAUGUCAACCACACUCAGGUCCAGAGCACACUCAUCGCUCUGGCUGGCAUGGCCAAGUCUAAAGGUUUCCAGUCCAAGUACGACUUAGGAGUGAAGUAUGCCGAGAAGCAGCAGCGCCGCUUCGCUCCAGAGAAGCUGAGGGAGGGACGCAACAUCAUCGGCCUGCAGAUGGGCACCAACAAGCUCGCCAGCCAAAAGGGCAUGACCUCUUACGGCACGCGACGCCACCUGUAUGACUCCAAGAUGGGUAUGGACAACCCGCUGGACCAAUCUACCAUCAGCCUACAGAUGGGCACCAACAAGGGAGCCAGCCAGUCCGGAAUGACGGCUCCGGGAACCAGGAGGCACAUCUUCGACAAGAAGCUGGAGCUGGAGAACUGCGACACCACCACCAUCUCUCUGCAGAUGGGCACCAACAAAGUGGCGUCCCAGCAGGGCAUGACCACCUACGGCCUCCCCCGCCAGGUCUUUGACAACAAGUACUGCGCCAACCCCACCGAGGUCUUCGACAACGGCAGCGAGGCCGAGUUCGACGGCUACAACCAGUACUCAGACGAAUAAGAAAUAAAGGAAUGAAUCACGGACAGCCACACUGAACCCGCCCCCACCCUCCAUUUUGCUUAAACUCCAGACAAACGACUGCGACGAGCAGAUUAGUAUUUAUCGCUGACUCGUGCCGUCGUCGUCUUCCCUGCCCAUCACGUAUUUUUACUCUUAGGAAGUAAAAGGGAUGAAAAGUGUUCACACUGACCGCACGGUGAACGAUUCAGUGCAGCGGCCGACUUCUGUAUGUGAAUUUAAUAACUGCUAAAUAACCAAAAAUGCUCAGAAGUUGAGAUUUAAUGACCUUUUCUAUUUAUGCAUUUUUUUUUUUAUGUUUUGUUAUUAGAGAUUUNCCCCG